CCUUCAUUGUUUUUUUUUUUUUUUUUUUUUUAAACUGAACUUUCGCUUUAGAGUUGCGGAAAUCUUAAAAAGUGUUUGAGGAAAAUGCGCAGCGCUCAACGUCCGACGCUUCCGUGAGGCCCGACGCUGCGCACCAUCGAGCUUCACUCCGUUCUUCUCAUUCGCCCCGCGGUAACUUUUGCCUUUAUUUUAUUUUAUUUUAUUUUGUCCGCCGCUCCCUUCAAGGAGUUCUGUUGCCGACGAUGGAUAACAAGCCGCUUCUGCAGGAACGACCACCCGCCUACGCUACUGUGCCUGGGAGCUACGAGUACGGGCCGCCGGGAAACUACGGGGCGAUUCCAGCACCCUGUCCUCCAGCACCCCCGCCACCCUACUCAUACCCGGAGGGUCCAGGUUUUGUGCCACCUGCUGCCCCCCUCGGCCCCGUGGCUCAACAGCCCGCCUUUUCGAGCACUUACACCAUCGUCCAGCCCUCCGUGGUGGUAGUGGGCGGCUGCCCAGCCUGCAGGGUUGGGGUCCUCGAGGAUGAUUUCACCUGCUUGGGCAUCCUGUGUGCCAUCUUCUUCUUCCCCAUCGGCAUUCUCUUCUGCCUGGCCCUCCGCCAGAGGCGCUGUCCGAACUGUGGAGCCACUUUUGGGUGAAGGGCCGAGAAAAGGUGCCAAACCCUCUGCCAUCCUUUUGCACUGGAUGGUCCUUUAUAUAUCUAUAAAAAAAAAGAUUUUCUUUCUCUUUGUACUCUUGAUUGUAUGUUGAUGAUGCCCGUGCCGAUGCCACGCACGCACUUACGCCCACUGUCCUGCAUCGCCACUUUGACUGGCGGGAAUUCACUUUUUUUUUUUUUUUUUUUUUUUUGCAUGAGAAAUGAAUUGGUGGCAGGUGUGCCAGCCUGGAGUUACUCGUAAUGUAGCCGUGCCAGCUGCCUCCCUGGUCCAUGGUGCCUUUCCAAACAAGAAAAAACUUUAAGACGAUGCUUGGCACGCACUCACCUGCAGCUUUCCUUAUUGUGACAGAUGCACUGUGCCAUCUUGGAGGGAGACUUUUUCGUUAUUUUAUAUACUUGUACCUACCCAUCUCCCUGCCAUCCCUCCUGGGCAUGAAUAAGUGGUGCCCAUGUGGGCUGGCAGGGUGGCAUGGGCUUUUUUUUUUUUUUGUGCUUCUCAUUCCAGUGGAGUGGCCGCUUUGGGGGGUGGGGGGGUGUGGAGUAUAAAUGUGCAAAUCCGGCCCAAAAUAACAUACCCAGUGUCGCCACCCACCCCCAACUCCUACCCCCUAGAGCUGGCAUAGCUGGGCCACUUGAUAUGCGGUAAGGUGGCUGAAUCGAUUCCUUCUCCUUCCUGACUGAUGGACAAUCGCUCAUCUGACGAGUGGCGGUGCCGCUUAUUUACGGUUACGGUGAUGGCCGUCGUGUUGGACCACCCUGGCACACGGGCCUCCCACCACACGCCGUGAUGAAUGCAGAAUACACUUUUCUAAAUGUAAAUAAAAAAAAUGAAACAA